GACGCGGGGUCGCUGCGGAGGCUGAGGACCGAGUCGGCAUGGCGGAGGGCGGGAGCCCCGAAGGGCGGUCCGGCCCGGGGUCCGCAGGUCCUAAUCUGAAGGAGUGGCUGAGGGAGCAAUUCUGUGACCAUCCACUAGAGCACUGUGAAGAUACAAGACUCCAUGAUGCAGCCUAUGUAGGGGACCUCCAAACCCUAAGAAACCUAUUGCAAGAGGAGAGCUACCGAAGCCGCAUCAAUGAGAAGUCUGUCUGGUGCUGUGGCUGGCUCCCCUGUACACCACUGAGAAUUGCAGCCACUGCAGGCCAUGGGAACUGUGUGGACUUCCUCAUUCGCAAAGGGGCAGAGGUGGACCUGGUGGAUGUCAAGGGGCAGACUGCCCUGUAUGUGGCUGUAGUGAAUGGGCACCUGGAGAGCACCAAGAUCCUUUUGGAAGCUGGUGCUGACCCCAACGGCAGCCGGCACCACCGCAGUACUCCUGUCUACCAUGCCUCUCGAGUGGGUAGGGAUGACAUCCUGAAGGCUCUAAUCAGGUAUGGGGCAGAUGUAGAUGUCAACCAUCAUUUGACUCCUGACACCCGGCCCCCUUUCUCAAGGCGGCUUACAUCCUUGGUGGUCUGUCCUCUAUACAUCAGUGCUGCCUACCAUAACCUUCAGUGCUUCCGGCUCCUCCUGCAGGCUGGGGCAAAUCCCGACUUCAAUUGUAAUGGCCCUGUCAAUACACAGGAAUUCUAUAGGGGGUCCCCUGGGUGUGUCAUGGAUGCUGUCCUGCGCCAUGGUUGUGAGGCGGCCUUCGUGAGCCUGCUAGUAGAGUUUGGAGCCAACCUGAACCUGGUGAAGUGGGAAUCACUUGGCCCAGAGGCAAGAGGCAGAAGGAAGAUGGACCCUGAGGCCUUACAAGUCUUUAAAGAGGCCAGAAGUAUUCCCAGAACCUUGCUGAGUUUGUGCCGUGUGGCUGUGAGAAGAGCUCUUGGCAAAUACCGACUGCAUCUGGUUCCCUCGCUGCCGCUGCCAGACCCCAUAAAGAAGUUUCUGCUUUAUGAGUAGAAUCAGAUGCAGUGUUUACUGCAGUAAGGAAGCCGAUCAUCUGCAGUAAAAGUUGACACAGACUUUGCAUCCUGUGAACCAUGUCCUGUGCUGCCAACUUGUUCCCUGGCUGUCAGUGAAGAAGAAACGGCCAUGUUCUCUUGGAUUGUGAUUCUGUCUCAGGUGCUCGGGCCAUUGGACACUCCUUGAGUCGUUGUCAGCUGAGAGGCACAUACAAACUUAAUUUUGUUCUUCA